UGUUGUGAGAGCUCGUGUUGUCGUCGUGUUGACUCUUUUUUGUCAGUUGGUUUCGGGAUAACUAGUUAGUAAUGAGUUAACUAGUAGCAUUUAUCAAGACAACCGCGGCUGUAGCUCUCCACAUGGACCCCGAGCACAGAGCCGUGCUGCGGGCACACCGGCUGUACCUGUCCGGGCAGCUGCUGGUGUCUGACUCCAUCGUUCCGUUUCUGUACCAGGAGGAGAUCCUGACGGAGGCUCAGAUGGAGGACAUCCUGUCUCAGCCCACGGACUCACGAAGGACUCUGAAGCUGCUCGACCUGCUGCCGAGCCGCGGACCCCGGGCCUUCCCCGUGUUCCUGCGGGCUCUGGAGGACUUCAGCUGGGUCAGAGAGAAGCUGCUGCUGGAGCUCCAGACCGAAACCGGAAAAUCACCUGGAGCGAGAUCUACAGGUGGGACAGACAAGUACCAACUUCCUGCCUCGGUUCUCCAGAAGGUCCCGUCCGAUCGUGACCUGUCCCGACUAGCGUCGCGGCUCGGGCCAGAGUGGGAGGCGGUGGUGAUGGAUCUGGGUCUGACGGCGGAGGACGUGUUCAGGUGUCGCUCUGAUCACGCUCUCAGCACGCAGGCCGCCGUGCUGUCCGCUCUGAUUCUCUGGAAACGGCGAGAAGGCCGGAGAGCAACGGUGCAGAGACUCCUGCAGAGUCUGGACGCCGCCGAGAUCCACCCGUCGGUCCUGGAGGAUGCCCUGAAGUGACCCGGGAGCUGGAUCUAAACUGUUUCAUACUCUUUUUGUUCAGAUUUUACUUCAAUCAUUCCAUCAGAUAUUGGACAUCAGACUCUGGAUUUAGGGAGUUUUUACAGAGAUAUUUGAUGACACAAGAGCCAUAUUUUAUUUUUUUAUUUUUAUGGUGGCAGUUUGCACAGAAAUACCUGAAAACAUAUUUAAAGCAAACAUUUUUAAACCCAUAUUACUAAAUUGAAACACUGUUUGGUUCUACCAAUCACAGACUGUGGUGACUAGAACUAAAAUGAAACAAGAACCCCAGUAAAAAUGUAGAAAUAACCUGUAAGUGUCUUGGUUUCAGCUAAAAGUCAGGAUUGUGGAAGAAAUGCCAAAAGGUACCAGCGUUUUUGUUUGUUUUAGACCACUGACAGAAGUUUCCAGCAAUUUUGAGAAUUUAAAACAAGAAAUUACAUAAUUUUGGGUGUUUAGGACUUCAUUUAAAAGUUUGAUUUUCCCUGUGGUUUACUUCAGAGAGUUAAAUUCCAAAUAUUCUAGAGUCAUCUCAUAUAUGGUUAAAAUAUUUCAGUACUUUUUUAUUGCAAUCUUGACGAAAAAUACACAAACUCAAAAUAUUAUAAUAUUGUGGAAAAGUCCAAUUUGCAAAGGAUUCCUGAGCCUCCACUCUCUCUCCUGUUCAGUUCACACAACCACAACCAUGGGGAAGACUGCUGACUUGACAAAUGUCCAGAGGACAAUCAUUGACACCCUCUACAGGGAGGGCAAACGAAGCAUAUUCAAGAACUUAGAGGAGCUUCACAAGGACUGGACUGAGAUUGGAGUCAGUGGAUCAAGAGCCACCGCUCAGAUGGGUCCAGGAAAUGGACUAUGAGUAAGCGUCCCAUCUUGGCUAAAGAGAAAAAGGACUGACUGUUGCUCAGUGGUCCAAAGUCCUGUUUCAGAUGAAAGUGAAUUCUGAAUUUCAUUUGUAAAUCAAGGUCCCAGAGUCUGGAGGAAGAUCUGAGAGACUCAGAAUCCAAGGUGCUUGUAGUCCGGCGUUUCAAGCUUCCAGAGUCAGUGAUGGGUUGAGGUGUCAUGUCGUCUUCAGCUGUUGGUCCACCAGUCUUUAUCAAGUCAAGAGUCGAUGCUGUUGGCUUAUCAGGAUAUUUUUAAGCCCUUCAUGCUUCCCUCUGAUGAGAAACUUUAAGGAUGUACUGACUUCUUUCUCACCUGCCCACAGUGAAGCCAAAACUUCCAGUAACCGGUUUGUUCACCCUGGUGUACAGCAGGGGUCGUCAGCUACAUGUACAAGGGACAGCUUUUCCUAAACAGGCACUUAGGGGGCCAAACUUUCAAAUAAACUAAAGACUUUUUUUAAAUGGUCUAACUGACUUUUUUGGAUAUUUUUAUUUUCUUGCAAUGUAAUGCAAUGUUUACACUCCAACACAGUGAGAUCAGUCCCUAUAUUGCAGCCAGCCACUAGGGGGCGACUGAGAUAUUUUAGCUAAAUAUUUCUGUGUCUCUGAAAAACCCAAGCAGGAAAAUUGCACUCUCAAAACACCCGAGGCCAAAAGUUUUUGUAGAAAAGGGGCGCAGGUGGCCUAGUGGUUUAAGGUGCGGCCCAUUUACACGGACGGCCCAAGCUCAAAUCCAGCCUGAGGCCCCCGCUCUCGUCCCUGUUUCUGACUCUAUCCACUGUGCUCAUCUGUCAAAUAAAGGCACAAAAAUGCCCAAAAUAAAUCUUAAAAAAAAAUCUUUAUAGAAAGCGGCGGACUUUAUCAAGAAUAAAGUGAUACAUUCAUGUUUAACAUGCAUUAUAUUUGCCAAUAAUGACUUACAGGUGGAUUUCUGAAAAAUGGAUCCAACAUAAAGUCCUUCCUGAUUAAACUGUUUCUAUCUCCAUUGUUUUGGAGUAGUUUUAAAAGCUGUAGGGAGCAUAUUAAAAGAUAGAAUUACAAAAAAUCCCAAAAUACCUCAACAUUUUUCCUCUAGAAUUUUUCUGCACAUUUUUGAAUUUGAUCAUGUUCUUGGGGCCGGAUGGGAAGAUAUGGGGGGCCUGAUCUAAUCAGUACUUCCUUAUGCCAUUUCUGACAUUCUGUCCACAACUUUUUGAGUUAUGUUGCUAAAAAACAAACAAACCCACCCGAUCACAUAACCUGCUUGACAGAGGUAACAAUCCAGACUCACUGAAGGCUGCUAUCAGAGCAACCCCAGCAGUGCCACGGACUGAUCGCCUCCAUGCCAUGUCACACUGAUGCAGUAAUUCAUACAAAAGGAGCUUUUUUAAGAACAUUUCUGUGUUAUAAAUACAUGUUUAACAGCUGUUUUUGUGAUAUUUUAAUAGUCUGAGAUAGUGGAUUUUUGUGAGCAGUAAGAUAUAAUCAUCAACAUUAUGGAAGUUUCACUUCUUGAAAGUAAAUCACAGGAAAAACUUAAUAUUAUUGAAUUCUAUUUCUCGUAAAUGCACCUGUAUUAAUAGUAUAAUCAGGUAUCACUCGUAAGGGAUUUUCCUAGAAUCACAUCAAUAUUUAGAAUUCUGGUAUCAUGUUAAUAUGAAUUCAGUGUGCCUUGGGGAAAAAGUCUGAAACCGUUGACAAAAAUUAAAGUCUGGUAAAAGAAAAAAGAAGCUAUGUGAUCAU